AUGAUUUUUUUUUCUUCUUUCUUUUAUUACUGUCGAGAUUUCUUGGCAUUAACGGCUCGGUUAAAACAGGUUGUCUUCUUUGGGGGUGGGGCGAAUAUAAUUCUUUUUCCCGGAUGUUUUCAUUCAUUCCUUUGUAUUAGUUUUUUUUCUUUUUUCUUUUCAUUUAUUUUGAUUAUACUUUUUAUUUUUAUUUUCAUGUUCGUUUUCUUCGUUCAACGUGCUUCUUAUAUCGUUUUCUUAAUUUUUCAUUUCAUGAUAUAUUUUUCGUUUGUAAUUCUCCCCCUCAUUUUCUCUUUCUUUUUCUUUUCCCCUUUCUUUUUGCUUUCUUUUUCCUUUUCUUUCUUUUUAUUCUUAUUUCUUUUUUGUCUUUCUUUUUUCUUUCGUUCUCUUUUUCGUUUUUGUCUUUCUUUUUUCUUUCUUCUUUUCUAUGUUUUUCUUUUUUAUCCUUUCUUUUUUUCUUUUUUCUUCUGUGUAUUUCUUUUCUUUCUUCUUUGUACUUUCUUUUUCUUUUUUCUUUCUUACCUAUAUGUUUGUUUUCUCUCUGCAGCAAAAUCCCAUCAAAGAAACAUUCCUUUCAAUUGGGCGGUUAUUUUCAGAAUAUCCUGA